GUAUUGGCAUCUCCCUUUUCUCUGGAAGCACCCGCUCUACUCCACUCGGCCGCUCCUCCCUUCGUCCGUGAUUCUUUCGCCCCCGCCUCCCCUCUUCCCCCCUGCUGGUUUCGAAAUUAUUUCGCUUCCUUCUCCCGUCCGCGGAACUACCAGAGUGGACUUGCGCGCGGAGGCGGAAGAAGCGCGCAAGCUUAUCACAUGCGGCCAUCGUCGGGGUCCCGCCGCCAAGCUUGAAAGGUAGAAUUGGGAGGGGGCAUGGCUGGCGUGGAGGGGCAGCCGCCUCCUCAGAUCAGCAGCAUGUCCAACUCCAAGGCGCAGGACGGUGGCACCAAGCCAAAUCUGGUCAAGGAGCACGUUCCGGGGAGCGAGCUCUGGACCGAUGGCCUCAUCUGCGCUUUUGAGCUCGUCAAGGGUCACAGGAAGCUGGUUCAUCACAAAUCGCUGCCAAAGGUAGAUCUCGCGCACAUGAAGAACCAAGCAGCCAGGAAUGGGCAUCGCGUUGUGAGCCCUGCACCAAAUGAGGGAGGCGUGGUGGAAUUGCUUGGCCAGGCGGAUCUUGGUAUCGAUCCUUUUGCGGUCAAGGAUAGGCCAUCACAUGCUGGAGAUGUUCAUGAUCACAAGUGGGUGCCGAUUGGAUGGUCAAGGAUUGCCGAGCUGAGCCAGAGGGUUCAGUCAGAUGCUAGCUGGGAGAAUGAACAUGUGCCGAUUAGCGACAGUGAGGAUGAUUACACUGUAGCCGAUGUUGCGGCUCCGUACUGGCUGCGUCCUGGUGGGCCUACAUGGUGGUUCCAUGUCACAGCAGGCCAUCCUUCCGUUGAUGCAUGGUUGAGUAGUGCUCACUGGAUGCAUCCAGCUAUCAGAACUGCACUGAGAGAUGAAAGCCGGCUGAUAAGCGAUCGGAUGAAGUACCUUCUCUAUGAGGUUCCAGUUAGAGUUGCAGGAGGACUGUUAUUUGAGCUUCUUGGUCAAUCAGUCGGGGAUCCAAAUCAUGAAGAGGAAGACAUACCAAUUGUACUCAGAUCGUGGCAGGCGCAGAACUUUCUUUUAACUGCAAUGCAUGUGAAAGGCCCUUCAACCAACGUAAAUGUUUUAGGAGUGACUGAAGUGCAGGAGUUGCUCAUUUCUGGUGGAAGUCAAACACCCAGAUCAGCUCAUGAAGUAAUAGCACAUUUGGUCAGUCGUCUUUCGCGAUGGGAUGACAGAUUAUUCCGUAAAUAUGUCUUUGGGGAAGCAGAUGAAAUUGAAUUGAAGUUUGUGAAUAGGAGAAAUAGUGAAGAUCUGAACCUAGUCAGCAUCAUAUUGAAUCAAGAAAUCAGGAGGUUAGCAACACAGGUGAUCAGGGUUAAAUGGUCACUGCAUGCAAGGGAAGAGAUCAUACUUGAGCUUCUCCGGCAUUUGAGGGGAAGUGCCACAAGAAUCAUUUUAGAGAGAGAGAGGAAGUCUGCAAGGGAGAUGUUGGAGGAGCAGGAAGCUGUCCGUGGCCGCUUGUUCACUAUCCAGGAUGUUAUGCAGAGCACUGUUCGUGCAUGGUUACAGGAUAGAAGCCUUCGUAUCACCCACAACCUGGCUAUUUUCGGCGGUGGGGGCAUAGUUCUCUCCAUAAUCACUGGUCUCUUUGGAAUCAACGUGGAUGGCAUACCGGGAGCUCAGAACACUCCUUAUGCUUUUGGGCUGUUCGCGGGGCUUCUCUUCUUCCUCGGGAUCGUCCUUGUUGGUGUCGGGUUGAUGUACCUUGGGUUGACAAACCCAGUGACGAGUGAGAAGGUGAAGAUGCGGAAGCUAGAGCUCCAGCAGCUUGUUUCGAUGUUCCAGCACGAGGCAGAGCAGCAUGGGAAAGUGAGGGAAGGCCUGAGCCGGCACGGCCUGUCGCCUAGUUCGGCUGCGGCUUCCAGUGAUGAAGGCUACAUCCUGAUUUCCUGAUCUCGCUAAUGCCUCAAACUCUUGAAUAGUACAGUAGUAUAAGCUUAGGCCACGUUGGAGAAGGUGGUGUUUUAUCUGAGGGAAAUCCCAGCUGUCCCCGUGGGAAGUAAACUGAUUCCAGUCCGAUUCGUUCAUGUGUCCCGAACAGGCGUAUAGAAAACGAUACAUACACCUAACACGGUCUCUAUCUUGUGUGAUGAUUGUAAAUGAGGAGUUGGUAUAGAAAAAUAAUACAGAGAGAUGAUCAGUGCGAUCUGAGUA